UGCCACAUAUAAAGGUUCAGUUUCGUCCUCAGAGAGGCAUCCAACUUUCUGCAGAAGCACCAAGAUGAGUCUCACCCGCACGGACAAAGCCACAGUCAAGGCCUUCUGGGCUCUGAUUGCUGGAAGGGCAGACAUGAUCGGGAGUGAAGCUCUAUCCAGGCUGCUCUACGUCUACCCCCAGACCAAGACCUACUUUUCCCACUGGAAGGACUUGAGCCUCAACUCCGCUCCGGUCAAGAAGCACGGCAAGAUCAUCAUGGCUGCCAUCAGCGAUGCCAUCGGCAAAAUGGACGACCUGACCGGUGGCCUUUUGGCCCUCAGCGAGGUGCAUGCCUUCACCUUGAGGGUGGACCCCGCCAACUUCAAGCUUCUGGCUCACUGCAUCCUUGUAGUGAUUGCCACGCAAUUCCCGGUGGAUUUCACCCCGGAGGUCCACGUGAGCGUGGACAAAUUCCUGGCGGCCUUGACUCUCGCCAUUGCUGAGAAGUACAGAUAAACAACAUCAACCAGGGCCACGGGAUUCAAUUCGUUCCUCUCGCUCUGUGUUGGGCUCACUUUCAAUAAAUGAUCAAAAGCAA